AUGUUAAAGGGUCAUUGUCAACCCCAAGAUCAUGACUUUCCAAAACGACAAUUUGGAGUAACAAUUAGACGAUUCAAUCUUUCGUGGUUUAAAGAGUUCGGUAGUUGGUUGGAGUACAGUGUAGGGAAGGAUGCUGCUUAUUGUUUGUAUUGUUAUCUUUUCAGAACAAGUUCUGGAAAGCAAGGUGGAGAACAAGCAAGAAAUGCAUAUGUUACACGCCUUAAUGCAUCCAUUGAUUGUGUUCGAGUUCUUUUGCGACAAGGGCACUCAUUUCGAGGUCAUGAUGAAUCCGAGGAUUCUUCCAAUUCAGGUAACUUCUUAGUGCAAUUGCAAUUUUUGGCUGCUCAUAAUGAAGUUAUCAAUGCCGUCACAUUGGGAAAUGCUCCUCACAAUUGCAAAUUGACAUCACCUGAUGUUCAAAAGGAUAUAGUAAAUGCUUGUGCUAUUGAAACGAUCAAUGUUAUUAUCAAAGAUGUUGGCGACUCACUAUUUUCUAUUCUAGUUGAUGAAUCUUAUGUUGUAUCAAUGAAGGUGGCAAAGAAGAACAUCCCUAUUACUAACUUCUUUCGUGUGGUUGGGAACGUGAUAAAUACUGUUGGAGUAUCUUCCAAGCGUUAUGUACUUGCAAUGAUUGUUGAAGAUAAAUCUUGUUCUUGUAAUCAAAGAUCUGAUGCAACAAAUUUAUUGGAGUUGAUACAAAGAUUUGAUUUUGCAUUUAAUCUACAGUUGAUGAGAAGUGUGUUGGGGAUGUCAAAUGAACUGUCAAAGGCAUUGCAAAGAAAAAAUCAAAAUAUUGUGAAUGCAAUGCAAUUGAUUCAUGUACCCAACAUGGAUGAUAUGUUUGUACGCCUUGCAAUUCGUGGUCGCCCUCAGCAGGUAAAUACAGAGUUACUCCUUUGUGUAGCUUGUUUAUGCCCACAAGAUUCAUUUUCUUCUUUUAACAAGAAAAGCUUGAUUAGACUUGCUGAGCUUUAUCCAUUAGAUUUCUCUGCAGUAGAUGGCAUUUCUGUCAUCGAUUUACAACUUCAAGAAUUGAAUGAUCGUUUCUCAGAGGUAAAUACAGAGUUACUCCUUUGUGUAGUUUGUUUAUGCCCACAAGAUUCAUUUUCUUCUUUUAACAAGAAAAGCUUGAUUAGACUUGCUGAGCUUUAUCCAUUAGAUUUCUCUGUAGUAGAUGGCAUUGUACUUGGCGAUCAACUUGAGACUUAUAUUUUUGACAUACGCUCUAACAAAGAGUUUGAAGGGUUGAAUGGCCUUGGUGAUCUUGCGGAGAAGUUGGUUUUGACAAAGAAAGAUAAGGUAUAUCCAUUGGUUUACAGACUUUUGACUUUAACAUUGAUUUUACCGGUUGCUACCGCUACUGUGGAGAGAGUUUUUUCUGCAAUGAACAUCGUAAAGAACAGAUUGCGCAAUCGGAUGGGUGAUCAGUGGAUGAAUGAUAGCACUAUU